AUGACCUACAAUAGGGUUAGUAGUGGGAGAGGAUCAUCAUCAUCAUCAUCAUCUUGCCAUGGAAAAUGUAGAGGAUUUAGGUUAAAUCUCAGAAGGCUUUACUUCCUGCGCCUGAGGAAAAGGUUCCACUUCUUGCUCAAGCUGUUUGAUAGGUGGAAACUGUCGUAUGCUCAGGCUCUUCAGCUUCUGAAGAAGGUGUUCCGUAGAAAAAGUGGCUUCAAGAGAAACUACAGCAACAGCAGCAGAAGUGGUUUGGUGAGGGAUGAAAGAAUCAAGGGCCAACCUGAUUCUAGGCUAUCAUCUUACGGAAGGAAUAAUUCUUUCUAUGCAGAAGCCAUUGCAGAUUGUCUGGAGUUCAUCAAACGAACGUCUAUUUCUUCCAUUGACCAAAUUCAAGACCCAGUUGGUCAUAUUCAAGAUAGAAACUCGUGA